AUUAAAGCAUCUCCUUAUUUCUCUCCCCCAUCUGAAGCUUAAUUCCUUUCUUCACUGCCUUUGAUAGUUUAUGUUGUCUGUUUAUCUGUUGAUCACUCUUUCUUGCCUUCCUGGAAAAAUGAUUAAAUCUGCAAGUCUCGUCUGGGUGGUAAAAGGGUUAAAAUCUUGCUCAAGCCGCAGGUGUUCAUGGUGCCAAAUUUCAGCUCAGCAGCGCUCAGAGCCAGGAGUCUCUCGAGAAAAGUUUCAGCCACCAUGGACACUUCUAGGGAAGCUGCAGCAGAGCCUGGCUUGGCCUGGGGGUGGGAGAAGCUCCGCAGGCUCCAUCUCCUGGCUCAGGAGCUGCGGCAGGCCCAGCCCAAACCCCACCGGGGCCAGAUGGCCUGGGCCAAGGACGGGAGCCAGCUGGAGUUCUGCUACACUUCACAGACAGAAAUAGACAAAGAAAUUCUUGGGUUCAUAUCUUAAGGUGGUGUUCACAGGUUGAUCUCACUUUUCAAUGGUCAAAACUACUGUGAAUUCUCAAAAAUGGUUUCAAGGCAGAGUGAGAAGUGGGAUUGUCAGGGCUGCCAGUCCAGGUGGCCCCAGGUAAGGACCUGGCUCCCAGGCAGAGGUGCUGAGUCCUCUUUCUGCCAGCAGGCCAUGUCUCCAACACUUGUUCUCGUCCUGGCCCUUGUAGCCACCCCCGCUGUGCUGAAAGGGAAUUUAGAAUUUGACAAGGAUGAAGUAAAACAGAUGCAGGAGCAUGAGGAAUAUCUGCAUCAGGAGAUGACAGCUCCUGGAGGAGACUGAGGGGAGCAGUGGUCCCAUGGAAAUGCUGCUGUCUUUUGCCUGGCAACAUCAGUGUCUGCUUUGGGCCAGUGCAGCAGUGCUGCUUCUGGUUCUUCUGGCUAUGGGCUGCUGGCUGGUGAGGCGAAGAAAGCGUGGCUGUGACAGCUGCAGGGAGCUGAAGUGUUUCAAGAAAUACGUGAUGGUUGCGAGCAAGGAGCCCAGCGGAGAGGAGCAGGACCUGUCCAGCACGAAGGGUCUGAAGGAACUGCUGGACGAGCUCCUCGGUGUCUGCCGAGUGCUGUCCCGAAGGAAUUUCAUGCCGGAGUUGCACCUGGUCGCCGGGACGUACAGCAGCUGUGAAGUCUGCAGCGUCCAGGAGAACAGCAGCACCUACCGCCCGCUGGUCCUGCUGCGGCCACCCCCCGGCCACUCCUUCAUCCCGGAGAGCACGGAGCAUCCGCCAGCCGGGCGCGUCCGUGUGGCGCUGGAGUGCCUGUGCUGCGGGGAGCGGCUGCUGGGGCCGAGGUGCUUUCUCCACGCCUGUGGUGGCCAGCUGCCCGGGGAUCAGGAGUGGUACCUGCUGGACACCCUCUGCACGGGCUCGUACCUGGACGCCGAGAAAGUCACCCGCUGGGUCCAGAUGUUGGUGACAUCGGCCUGGCAGCUUUUGCCCCAGUCGUGCCACUGCCGGCUGACGGCGCUGCCCUCCGGCAAGGGCUGCAGCUUCCAGCUGAGCGGCACCUCAGGCCUGCGCUGCAGCAUUGAGAUGGCUCUGGCUCUGGAGCAAGGCAGCUCAGGUGCCUACCUGAGCCUCAAGUAGGCAGCAGCCAGCCGGCUCUGCCAGCGGCACCGUGCGGGCCAGAGAGCUGCCACCUCUCAGACUCACUGGCACCGUGCCACUGCUGCUGAGGUGACAGCCUUGUCACCAACAAGGACUUGAGGAAGGUGAAGUCAACCAUUCCUCAGGGGACAUGAUUUUAUGUUCUCUUAGGAUUCUUUUGUUCCUUUCUUAUGAAAGCUGGAAGAUGGAUCCAGAUUGUCUUAAGUGUAAAACCUCCCAAGGCAGAGCUGGGAAGGUGAAUAUGAUUUCAAAUAUGUCUAAGUUUUUGUUAAGAAAAAAUA